CUUCCUUCGUCUUGAAAAAAACUCUUUAAGAACCUGUUUCUCCUUAAACCCUUUUCAACAGAGCAACCUAAGCAACCAGUCUCUCCCUUUCUUCACAUUCUAACUAAACAAUGAUGGAAUUAGACUUUGAAUUCGAGCCCCCAAGCGACGAAGAAAUCGACUGCGAAGAUAUCGGUAACGGUGGCGGAGACGACGACGAAAACAGCGAUGUAGAAGAGAAAGGGAAGCUUCAAAAGAAGACACAGUCUCCGUGGGAUUUUUCUUCUUACACGGAAUCAGUUGCAGAAGAACACGCUCGCAGGAGUACGACUUCCAUUGACGAAAAGAUUUCGAAAUUUGCUCAGCAACGAAGUCGUGCCGCGGAAGAUGUAGAACCGGAAAAGGAGAAUGAAAAUGAAAAUGAAGAGGUCGAUGAUGACGGAUCGUCUGAUUCCGAACCUGACCGGCAGGAAGACUUUCAACCUGAAGAAGACGAUGAGGCUCCUACCACAGCAGGUGAUAGAGAUAGUAAAUCAUUUUUUUCAAAGGCGGAUGGUGUAUCCUUUCACGCAAAUUCCUUUAUGGAUCUUCACCUUUCUAGGCCAUUGCUUCGAGCAUGUGAAGCCUUGGGGUACACCAAGCCAACACCAAUUCAGGCAGCAUGUAUACCAUUGGCGCUUACCGGGCGUGACAUAUGCGGUAGUGCAAUUACAGGGUCUGGAAAGACAGCUGCCUUUGCCUUACCAACAUUAGAGAGAUUGCUGUUUCGUCCAAAACAUAGACCUGCGAUAAGGGUUCUCAUCCUUACUCCCACGAGAGAGUUGGCUGUUCAGAUUCAUAGCAUGAUUGGAAAACUUGCACAGUUUAUUACUGACAUUAGAUGUUGCCUUGUUCUUGGUGGCCUUUCCACAAAGGCUCAAGAAGCAGCAUUGAGAUCCUUGCCAGAUAUAGUGGUGGCCACUCCUGGACGUAUGAUAGAUCAUUUACGCAAUUCUAUGUCUGUGGAUUUGGAUGAUCUUGCAGUUCUGAUCCUUGAUGAAGCCGAUCGUCUUCUUGAACUUGGAUUUGAUGCUGAGAUUCGAGAACUGGUGAGACUUUGUCCCAAACGUAGACAGACUAUGCUUUUCUCAGCUACCAUGACUGAGCAAGUUGAUGAGCUUAUCAAGUUAUUGCUCAACAAGCCCUUGCGUCUUUCUGCUGACCCAACUACAAAGCGUCCAUCUACUUUAACUGAGGAGGUUGUUAGGAUACGAAGAAUGCGGGAAGGAAAUCAAGAGGCUGUUCUCCUUGCAUUAUGUUCUAAGACAUUUACCUCCAAAGUGAUCAUCUUCAGUGGGACUAAACAAGCAGCACAUAGGCUGAAGAUUUUAUUUGGUUUAGCUGGUUUUAAAGCUGCUGAACUUCAUGGAAAUCUCACCCAGGCCCAACGUUUAGAUGCCCUGGAACUUUUCAGAAGGCAGGAAGUUGAUUUUUUGAUAGCAACUAAUGUUGCUGCUCGUGGGCUUGAUAUUAUUGGAGUCAAAACAGUUAUCAAUUAUGAGUGCCCACGUGACCUUACUAGCUAUGUUCAUCGAGUUGGUCGAACUGCUAGAGCUGGUAGAGAAGGAUAUGCUGUUACUUUCGUCACUGAUAAUGAUCGAUCUCUUCUAAAAGCUAUUGUAAAAAGAGCCGGUUCAAAGCUUAAGAGUCGUAUUGUUGCCGACCAAUCAAUAACAAAAUGGAGCGAAAUGAUUGAGCAAAUGGAGGAUCAAGUGGCAUCAAUUCUUAGAGAAGAGAGGGAAGAAAUGGCUCUAAGAAAGGCUGAAAUGGAAGCAGACAAGGCAGAAAAUAUGAUCAUACACAGAGAUGAAAUAUUAUCUCGCCCCAAGAAGACUUGGUUUGUUACUGAGAAGGAGAAAAAACUUGUUGCAAAUGCUGGAAAGGAGACUGAGAGGGGAUCUAAAAAGAAGGUCAUGAGUGCCGAAGAAGCCGAAGAGCGUAAAAAGAAAGCAAAGAAGAAGCGGGAGUAUGAGAAAAAUCUUCCUAGAAAGAAAAGAAGGAAGCUUGAAGCAUCUAGAGAGAUGCUGGAGGACGAAGUAGAAGUUGGGGGCAAUUCUAGAAACAACAAAGAGAAAUCUGGGAUUUCUCUUGUUGAUUUGGCUUAUCGGCGUGCAAAAGCAGCAAAGGGUGCUAAAAAGGCAGCUGAUGCUGGCAAGGCCGUAAGAACAAAUAAGAAAGCAAAGAAGUCUUCCCAUUUAAGUAAAUCACGACCAGAAGAAAUGAAGGAACUUUUCCAGAACGAUAUGAGUGAGAAGAAGCAAAAAAGAAGCGCUGGUGUUGGUGGGAAGAAGUCAUCAUCGUUUAAGAGCAAGUCAAGGUACAAGCGAAGGUAGAGUUGUGAUGCUUGGCUUUACGUCCACCCAUUGAUAUUAGCGUCAAGAAGGAUAAAUUAUUCACUGAUACAAGCUUUUUGGUGUGUGAAUUACUUUCAAUCAUGAUGGAUGGUUGCUGCUACAUUGUACUUGACUUGAGCGACGAGUUCUUAUUUUUGUAGGUAGAAGUAACGGACUGAUAUAUAUUAGUGAAGAAACUGAUUUUGUAUCAACGGACUUGUGUUAUUCGUUUGUAAUCAAAAUUUUAAGUUAUUGUUUCUGUUGGUCGA